AUGCUUGUUCCACCAGCUAGCUUUGGUAUUGCCGAAGAGGGCAUAUAUAGGUGUUCGAAAGUGGAAACAUUAAACUUGUCAUUCUUAGAGGGUUUGAACUUAAAGACAGUAAUAUUUGUUGGUGGUACGGAGCCAUCAAAAUUCUUUAAGGAAUUUUUCACUAGAUCAUCAAUUGAAUGGACUGCAAUUAGAACAGCAGAUUUUUCCACUGUGGGCUCGCCUUUGAAGAAUGAUUUAAGCCUUGUAUCCCCACACUCUUACCAAAAAAUGCAUUCAGAUGAAGAUACACAAUCUAGAGAAUCCCUAGGGGAAGAUGGAGAAUCCAUUCAUAGCGGGACAAGUUUAACUAUAGGAAUGAACAAGGUAAUUUCUCCCCAGAAGAUGGCAUAUCAUUUCUCUGAUAGUGAUGAUCUCAUGCUAAUAAAAAGUAAGAGCCUGCAAAGAAUUUUUGAAAAGUUACUAGAUAGAAAGAACUACAAUACACUGCUUGUGGACAAAACUUCUUUGGUAAUUGGCAUCCUGCGGAAAAUACAAAAAUGGAAUAUAAGUUCAAUUAUUAAUGAAUAUAGAUUAUUUGCUGGAAAGAAUAGAGGAUACUUUGCUGAAACUUUUCUUGAAAUGAUUCAAAUCAAAAUAGAACAAACAAUCGAAGAGCGCAGUUUGGAUGAACAACAAAUAGACACAAUUGUUAGUGAAGAGCAGCAACUCCCGUGCGUCGAACACAAGUCGAAUCCCGUUGAACUAGUUGAUGAAGACUUACUUUGCGACGAACCAGAGGUACCAGAGAGACAGCUACAUAUUGUUGAGGAAGCUGAAAGAAAAAAUAGAAUUAAAGACAUCCCAAGGGUAAAUAACAUAUUAAUAAGUGAUACGUCAACAUCUUCAUCAGAUCUGGGUAUAUUUGGUCACCGUUAUAGACUCGCUUUCACUCAAAAGGAGCAGGGCCAAUAUGAGUAUUAUAAGUCACAAGACGGUAAUGAUGAUAUAGAGACAGUCUGUCUCAAAAUUCCCAAAGAAAACGACUUGCCGGGCUGGUUUAAGUUCCAAAGAGAUUUAUGGGAACAAGAAAAUAUUCCUCAAAUACAUCAUUUUUAUAAAGAACAGAUAUAUAUAUAA